AUGCCGCCUCCACCGCACCAAAAGCCCGAAAAUGUGCUGAAGCGCGCUCACGAGCUUAUCGGGGUCGGUCAGCCCCCGGCGGCUCUGACUCUGCUUCACGAGCACAUCACCAGCAAACGCUCCCGAAAUGUCCCCAUCGCGUCGCUCGAGCCCGUUAUGCUCCUCCUGGUCGAACUGUCCGUCGAACAGAAGAAGGGAAAACUCGCCAAGGACGCCCUUUAUCAGUAUAAGAAUAUCUCCCAAAACACGAAUAUUGCGACCAUCGAGCUCGUCCUCAAGAAAUUCAUCCAGCUCGCCGUCAACAAGGUCACUGCUGCGCAGCAGAAGGCCGACGAAGUUCAGUCCAGCCUCGAGGCCACCGCUGGCGGCGAAUCUAACGUUGAAGAUUUGGAGGCUACCGAGACUCCUGAGUCCAUUCUCCUCGCCACCGUCUCCGGCGAGCAGUCUCGCGACCGCACUGACCGCGCCAUCGUCACCCCUUGGCUCAAGUUCCUUUGGGAAGCAUACCGCACCGUUCUCGAUAUUUUGCGCAAUAACGCCCGCCUCGAGAUCCUCUACCAGAGCACCGCCUCCCAGGCUUUCGACUUCUGCUUGAAGUACACCCGCAAGACCGAGUUCCGAAGACUCUGCGAGCUUCUCCGCAACCAUGUUCAGACCGCCGCCAAGUACUCUUCUCAGAUGCACGCCAUCAACCUCAACGAUGCCGACACUCUGCAGCGCCAUCUUGAGACACGCUUCCAGCAGCUGAAUGUUGCUGUUGAGCUGGAGCUCUGGCAGGAGGCCUUCCGCAGUGUGGAAGACAUCCAUACUCUGCUCAACCUCAGCAAGCGCCCUCCGAAGAACAUCAUGAUGGCCAACUACUACGAGAAGCUUACCCGCAUCUUCCUCGUCGGCGAGAACUACCUGUUCCACGCUGCCGCUUGGUCCAGAUACUACAACCUGCUCCGCCACUCCGCGGUUCUCGUGGCUUCUGGCCAGGGCAAGAAAGCCGACAACCCGCCUGCCACCGAGGCUGACCUCCAGAAGGCCGCAUCUUUCGUUCUUCUGUCUGCCCUCGCCAUUCCCGUUAUCAGCACGUCUCGCUCCCGUGGCGCCAUGGUUGACUUUGACGAGGCCCGCAAGAACAAGAACUCGCGCCUGACUCACCUGCUUGGCAUGAGCCAGGCUCCUACGCGUGCCCGUCUCUUCCGUGACGCGCUCUCCAAGUCCCUUCUCCAGCGCGUUCGUCCUGAGAUCAAGGAGCUCUACAACAUCCUUGAGGUUGACUUCCACCCUCUGUCCAUUUGCCAGAAGAUCUCUCCUAUUCUGAGCAAGAUUGGCGCUGAUGCCGAGAUGGAACGCUAUAUCCUUCCUCUGCAGCAGGUCAUCCUCACACGCCUGUUCCAGCAGCUCUCCCAGGUCUACGAUACCGUCGAUCUUGAGUUCGUUCAGUCUCUUGCUCAGUUCCCCGAGCCUUUCCAGAUCACCCGUGGCACCAUCGAGAAGUUCAUCAUGAACGGAAACAAGAAGGGUGACCUCGCCAUUCGCAUGGACCAUGCUACUGGUGUGCUCAGCUUUGACAGCGACAUCUUCUCCUCUUCCAAGGCUGGCCACAGUGGUUCUGCUGCCGGCUCCGCUGAGACCGAUGGUGGUGCUGUCCAGCGUCUCCAGAGCACCCCCUCUGAGAUCGUCCGAUCUCAGCUCACACGCCUCGCCAGAGCCCUCUUCACAACUUGUCAUUACAUUGAUCCUGAGUUCAACAAGGAGCGGCUUGCUGCCCGCAAUGCCGCGCUCAGCCGUGCCAAGGCAGGGGCUGAAAAGGAGCACCUGGCCAUCCUUGCCCGCAAAGAUGUUAUUCACAAGCGUAAGGAGGAGGCAUCCGAGGCCCAGGCCCGCAAGGAGAAAGAGAACGCCCGCCAGAAGCGUCUCAAGGAGCAGGCUCUCCAAGAGGCCGAGGACAAGCGUUUGGAGAAUGACCAGAGAGAGCGUGAAGCCAGACGUCUUAAAGAGGAGCGUGACAAGGUCCGCAGGGCCGAGGUUGAGCAGCAGAUUAAGGAACUCAAGAUGGACGGCAAGCGUCUCGACAUUGAUCUGGACGAUAUUGACAACCUUGAUACGAACCGUCUGCGUGAGAUCAAACUGAGCCAGCUGGAGCGCGAGAAGCACGACGUGAAGGAGAAGCUUAGAGUCACCGGCAAGCGUAUCGACCAUCUGGAACGUGCCUACCGCAAGGAGGAAGGCAAAAAGUUGGCCGAGGACUACGAGAAGCAGUGCGAGCACGACCGUGCCAUCUACGAUAAGACCACUGCCAAGAAGCUCAAGGAUUCCGAGGAGCUGCAUAAGGCCAAUGUCGAGCUCAAGCACCGCUUGACCAGACUCGUCUCUACAUAUGAGUCCUUCAGGAGCAACCUGCAUGAGCGUCGCCGUGACGAGUUCGAGAAGCGCCGCCGCGAUGCGGAGAAGGAGCUCGAGAAACAGAUUGCAAUGCGCAAGAAGGAGUUCCGUGAUCGCAAGCUGCGCGAGAAGCGUGAGCGCGAAGAAAAGGAGAGAGAACUCCGCGAGGCCGAGGAGCGUGCUGCUCGCGAGAAGGAGGAGCAGCGCCAGCGCGACGAGUCCCGCAAGGCCGAGCUGGCCAAGCUCAAGGAGCAGCGUGAUAAGGAACGUCAGGAGAUGCUCGAGAAAGCGGCACUUCAGCAACGUCGCGAGGAAGAGGCUCUCGCUCGCCGCAAGGCUGAGAAGGAGCGUCCUCUACGCGGCGCCGAGCCCGCCUCCGGUGACAGCGAGAGCCGCAGACCCCCCGCAAUCGGCGCCGGCAACUGGCGUGAGAGAGAAGCUUCCAAGAAUGCCGCCGCCGCCGCUACCGCUACCGGAGGCCGCACCAUGGAGCGAGCCGACUCGCAGGACCGCCCCUCUGCUGGCGGCCCGCCCCGUCUCAACCUCGCAGGCAACAAGCCCAGCUGGCGCGACCGCCAAGCGGCCAAGGAAGCCGCUGGUGAGACCUCGGAGAGCGCUCCCCCCCCCAGAAACUUGCCUCCCCGCAACUUCUCCGGCCGCGGCGCCCCCAUGGACCGCGGCGGCUCAUCUCGCGGUGACGAUGCCCCCCCUGGACGGGGCGAGCAGCAAGACUCUGCGCCAUCUGAGCAGCUUCCUCCCCGCACCGCCAACAAGUGGGUUCCUCCCCAUAUGCGCGGCAAGGCGUAA